AAACAAGAAAAAAAAAAUACCAUUCCACCUUAAAUAGCAAUAAUAGAAGAACUGGCAAGUAAAAACAAAUCAGAAAAAGACUGUUUACUGAUUUGUUUACGUUUACUUCGUAGGUUUUCCGGUGGUUAUAAGUAUAGGACGUUUCUCACUUCAUUUGUUCUGUCUUUAUUAAUUACUAUUUUUAAAAUGCCAUUGACUUCCCUGUUUUUAAGUGUUGAAUGAUGGAUAUAGUGAGCGAAGUUCCUAUAGAAAUUAGCAUUCAUAUACUAUCAUACUUGUCUUAUCGAGAUUUAAUUAAUUGUUUCAAAGUCUGUAGGGGAUGGCGUGAUCUUGCUAAUUGUAAUUUAUUAUGGAAGAAACAUUGCUUUCCCUAUGCUACAUCUGAUGAAAUUAGGAAAGCAAUUUCCAGAGUAGUUAGACCCAGACCAACUGCUGAUUUUGUUAAAAAUCUGAGUUACUGUUUAAGAUCAAGAGAUAAUUUACCCUCAAGAAAUUGUUUGGGCCCAUGGUGUGGUUGUGCCCGACUUUUCAAAUAUAAAUACGGGAGACAUUUACAUAAUUGGAAAAAUGGAAAUUUUAUAUUUAGUCAGAUGGUGCUUCGAGAACCCGAGUUCAAUGUCGUCUGCUCUGGAAGAUCACUUACACUAUGUUUCUAUCAAUCACACAUGUUUGCUAUUGCAGAAUUAUCACCAAAUGGCAUCGAAGAAGUAAAAUAUCUCGACAUUCCUCUACCACAACAGGGGCAAUAUGAUUCUGUUCAAGUUUCUACCUUAUAUCUUGUAGUGUCUCAUAAAAAUGUUAUUCUUGUUUACAAGAAAUCUUCAGGUGACUAUGUUUAUUACAAGACUUUUGUUCUACAUAACGAUUAUCAGGAAACUCAAGAAGUUAGAAGUUUUAAUCAUGCAUCCACGUCAAAGGAUCGUUCUUUUAUUGUUUCUUUCAUUUCUGGUCAUUAUGCAUGGUUCAGAAGCGUUGAUCAUAUUUAUGUUAUUCAUCUUGAAAGUGGUACUGUUAAAAAAUUUGUUUUUGAAAAUGCCAACAUUAAGCAUGACAACCGUCAUAAAGUUGUAGCUUGGUCUAAAGGUCAUAUUAAGAUAUUGACUGAUUACGGUAAUUUAAUGUAUCAACGACAUACAAGAUCACAAAUAUGUGAUGUUGCUUUUGAUGAAACUUUUACGUUGCUCUGUAAAGCCAAAAAAAAUCCUAAAGCAUAUAUAGAGUGGUGGGAUCCCCAAACUGCUAAACGACGGAUAUUAAAAAGAGUCGAAGGCAAAACAUCGAUGGUUGUGCAUGGAGAAAAUGUAUAUAUAUUGGAAGUUAAAAGGCAAAGCUACCAUAGGGUCAGCGCUAUACACUCUAUAUCUGGCAUAACUUAUUGGAUUCAUACUGUUACUACAGAUAAUCUGGCAUUAAAUAGAUUUCCAGAAAGUAUAAUUUUUGAAGGUAUUUGUGGUAAAUACUUAUUCAUCCAUGUCCCAAGUCUGGGUAAUAAAAAAUACUAUAUAAUUGAUAUGAAUGCAGGAGUUGGAUUAUACAGUAAAGAAUUUGGUGAGGGUAAAGCUUAUUUGUUUAAUGAAAAAGUUGUAGUAAUUGCAAGAAGGGAAGUAAUAUGGAUUAUGAAUUAUCUGUGAUAAUAGUUUAUUAAUUACUGUCUCUAAUUUCAGUUUUUAUCAUAUGUGCCAAUAUAUUGUUCAAUUCCUGUUCUUUAGGUUGUAUCUUUAUUUUAUUAUUGUAUAUAUAAGUUAUAUAUUUCUGUGGUAUAAAUUUUUUUUUUUGUUUAUUUAACCAGUUGAAGAAACUGCUUGUUGCUCAAGUUUUUUUAUUUAGUUAAAAAGAUGUUAUUUUUAUGUGAUUAGAU